GGGGAUGGGGGCCCUGAACGAGUGGGUGUCUUGGGCCUGGGCGGGGCCCGCUUCGGGGGGCGGUGGCGGCAGAAGCCGGGAAUAAAAUGGCGGCCGCGAAGGGCGAGUCCCGGGGGGGGAAGGGGAGCCGCCCCCGCCUCGGGGGGCCCGACAAAGAGCCCCCAUUACCCCUCAUCGUGCCGCCGACCGCCGCGGCUUGAGGCGGUUCCGUUCGGCCCGGUCCUCGCGUACCUUCGGGCCGGGCCUCGCGGAGCUCGGCGGCGUGGGGCUCAGGUCGGCUCGCCGCAGACAACGCCCAGUGCCGUGCUCUCCGGAAGAAAUGGUUGAGUCAAUGAAGAAAGUGGCUGGAAUGGAUGUGGAGUUGACAGUGGAAGAAAGAAACCUGCUUUCUGUCGCAUAUAAAAACGUGAUUGGAGCCAGAAGAGCUUCCUGGAGAAUAAUCAGCAGCAUUGAACAGAAAGAAGAAAACAAAGGUGGAGAAGACAAAUUAAAAAUGAUUCGGGAAUAUCGGCAAAUGGUUGAGACUGAACUGAAGUUAAUCUGUUGUGACAUUCUGGAUGUACUGGACAAACACCUCAUUCCAGCAGCUAACACUGGCGAGUCCAAGGUUUUCUAUUACAAAAUGAAGGGGGACUACCAUAGGUAUCUGGCUGAGUUUGCCACAGGAAAUGACAGGAAGGAGGCUGCAGAGAAUAGCUUGGUGGCUUACAAAGCUGCUAGUGACAUUGCAAUGACAGAACUCCCGCCAACACAUCCCAUCCGCUUAGGACUUGCGCUCAACUUCUCUGUAUUCUACUAUGAAAUUCUUAAUUCUCCUGAUCGUGCCUGCAGGUUGGCAAAAGCAGCUUUCGAUGAUGCUAUUGCAGAACUGGAUACACUGAGUGAAGAAAGCUAUAAGGACUCUACACUUAUCAUGCAGUUGUUACGUGAUAAUCUGACACUAUGGACUUCAGACAUGCAGGGUGAUGGUGAAGAACAGAAUAAAGAAGCGCUGCAGGAUGUGGAAGAUGAAAACCAGUGAGACACAAAGGCCAACAAGAGAACCCAUCUCUGACCACCCUUCCCCUUCCCCACAAAAACCCUCAGUGUCACUCUGAGAACCACCAAAUCUGACUUUUACAUUGGGGCUCAGAAUUUAGGUUCCUGCCCUGUUGGGUUUCUUUUAUUUUUAUUUUUUUUGUUUUAUUUUGUUUUGGGUUUUUUUUUUUUUUUUUGGUUUUGGUUUUUUUUUUUUUUUUUUUAGGUUUUUUUGGUUUUGUUUUUUUUUUUUUUUUUACACAGUUUAAAAGUUCUUAAAGGCAAGAGUGAAUUUCUGUGGAUUUUACUGGUGCCAGCUUGUAGGUUCUUUAAGACACUAACAGGACUGCGUGUAAAGGCUCUUUCAGCAUUACUGUAUUGUCUCCCGCCAGAUGGGGCAGGUUAAAGUGGAUGUUACACCUGGGAGGGCAGGGAUGUGUCACAGCAGAGUAGUGCACGUGUGGUGGCAGUUUCCUUUCUCUUUCUCUUUCUUUUUAUAACUGUUUCAAGUGACUUUUAUACCAAUGUUUCCACUCAAUUGGGUGUUUAGCUUGAAGUUACAGGUUGCUUUGGGACAUAGAGUGUAGUGGUUUUACUGUAUCCAAACACACAAGUUUCCAAACUGCUGAAACGUUGCUGAGAAUCAUGGUGCUGGUAACAGUUCAACAAUCCGUGGCUGCUCAUUCUUGCCUGUUCUUUACUUUUCCUCCAAGCAGGUUAGCAUUGAAGGUGGCAUUGAUAAGCCUGCAUGCGUGUUCAAUAUUUUUUCUUUCUCCCUCCCCUGUCCCCAUCUCCCUUCGCUCGCUCUCAACCUCUUUUGUUCAGUAUGUGUAACUUGAAGCUAAUUUGUACUACUGGAUAUCUGACUGGAGCCACAGAUACAGAAUCUGUAUUGUUCUUACUGAAACACAGCAUGGAAUUAACAUUAAACUUAAAUAAAACAAACCUAAAUUAAAAAUGCCAAA